UUUCAGACCAUUUGUGAGGUAAGGCUUCACAAUUUUUCUGGACCCAGGUGAAUUUCCGAAAGUACACCAGUUUUUAGCCUUUAUUAAGUCAUUCAUUCCCAAGCAAGGCUGGUCUGACCACACCUCGAGCGACUGGAGCGUGUUCGCCGUCUCUAUGACAACUCCGCGGAAGUAAACAAGGCCAGGUCUCUCCGCCUGGAGGAAACCUGGAGUAUUGCGCAUGCGUGUUGCCCUGACGCUAUUUGAACUCAGGGGCUUCCGUAGGGGAAGGGGAAAGAUGGCGGCGGCAGUGCUGGGACGGUUGGGUACAUUAUGUAUACAGGACCUGAGGAGCCGGGGGAAGCUGGCCUUGGGAGGUUAUUAAGCCAGAGAAUGACAUGAAAAGCUCUGUAUUACGGAAGGGUAACUCAUUUAAUAUCAGGCAGAGAAAGGUGAAUUAGAACUGAACAAUUCGAUGGAAGAGAAAUCAAUCUGGGGCUAUUGCUGGAGUUCUGAAAGAGAAGAACUGGUCCUGAACUAGGAUGGUGGCAAUUGGAAUGGAGAAGAGGUUUCUUUCAUCUCACAGUGUAUUACCCCAAUCAUAUAUCCAUACAAGUGCUUCUCUUGACAUUUCUCGAAGAUGGGAGAAGAAAAAUAAAAUUGUUUAUCCUCCACAACUGCCUGGAGAACCUCGGAGACCUGCAGAGAUCUACCACUGUAGAAGACAAAUAAAAUAUAGCAAAGACAAGAUGUGGUAUUUGGCAAAGUUGAUACAAGGAAUGUCCAUUGACCAGGCUUUGGCUCAGUUGGAAUUCAGUGACAAAAAAGGAGCCCAAAUAAUCAAAGAGGUUCUCUUAGAAGCACAAGAUAUGGCAGUGAGAGAGCACAAUGUGGAAUUCAAAUCCAAUUUAUAUAUAGCUGUGUCUGGCUCAGGGCGAGGCCAGUGCCUAAAACGCAUCCGCUACCACGGCAGAGGUUACUUCGGGAUCAUGGAGAAAGUUUAUUGCCAUUACUUUGUGAAGUUGGUGGAAGGACCCCCACCUCCACGUGAGGCACCAAAGACGGCAGUCGCUCACGCCAAAGAAUAUAUUCAGGAGCUUCGCAACCGGACUAUCAUUCAUGCUCUAUGAUGAGGGUAUUCAGACUUCACAGUGUAUAUGGUUUGCAUUUAUUUUCUAACAAUAAACAAAAUUUAAAGACAAA